CUGCAUAACAGUUCACCCCUCGAAUAUCUAUGAGAACAUCACCCACCGCCUUUUGAUCAUGACAGAUGCCAAAUUGCGGGCGAAAACUGGCUGCGUUACAUGCAGACAUCGCCGAGUCAAAUGCGACGAAGCAAAGCCAUCAUGUCGGAACUGCUCUCGUUUUGGUCGCAGCUGCUCGUGGCCCAGCACCUCUGAUAUGGCUGAUAAAAGACAUCGCCGACGACGUGCAACUCCCUCUUCUUUACCAUCCGCCAGCGAGAGAACCUCUCCUCCUAAACCGACUGACGAGACUUCACAUGAGAUGGUCCCCAUUCUGAAUAACAGGGCACCACUUACAACUAUCAAUUAUCCACUUUGCGAAACGGAAAUCGAGUUUGAGUUGGUGCAUCACUUUUACAGCUUUCACUUCAACUCUCUCACUCUUCCAACAAAGGACAAGUCAUACUUCUUUCAGUGCCAGUCAGACCUAAUGGACAUGAUGUCACACAACAAAACCGUCAAAUAUGCCAUAUUGGCUAACUGUGCUUCUAACAAACAUACACUGAUGAACAACGAUCGAUAUCGCCUCAUAGCUUUGCGAUACUACACAGAAGCUAUGAGAGGGCUGAACCAGGAGCUUGUGGACUUUUGUCCAUCAGAUGCCUAUCGGCAUUCGUGUUUACUAACAGUAGCAUCAUAUCUAUACGUGUACAAUUUCUGGAGUCUCGAUGUAAUGUCAGACCCAAGGCCUCACGUUGUCGGGGCUGUGAAGCUGCUCAGCUUGAGGAACCGAGAUAACAGCUCAUUAAAGCCAUUCAUACAAAGCUGGGACAGGGUCAAUGUUGAAAGUGUGCUAUAUCAAGGAUUCUUAUUAUCUAUAAGACGGCCUUUCCGACCCGAGUUUCGAUUGGAGUCAGAAUUCAUCUCACAUGCUGAAGAUUUGCUACGCUCAUACGACGAUGCAAAUCCAUCCUCUGCAAAACCAAACAUCGUUCUCGGAGUACCUACGUCCCUGUAUAGACUUAUACUACGGAUAAUCGACUCGUACAGUGUCCCUCGAACAGAUCUUUCCGACUACCUCAAGGGCUUGAAGGCUGAGCUGCAGUACUGGGAGCAGUUGUUAUUUGAUGACGAAGACAGCCAGAAUAUUCAAAAUGGAGAUUCAAGCUUCAACGACUUGAUGAUAAUUGCAACCUCCCUCCUCUUUGAUCUAAUCACCGAAACACUGACGUCAACCGAUGAUUCAAUUUAUCCCGAAUUUUCGGCUGGAGAAGAAGAUGGAAAGCCCUGGAGAUGGCAGCUCAAUUUGGCCAUGAAUAUCCUUCAAUGCCCCGAGGAACAUCAGAAAUGGAGCGGUUGCUACUUGGGAGCAUGGCCAUUGCUGAUACUCGGUUACGGCGCUAGGUCGUUGGAAGAGAUUACCCUGGUGAAGGAGGUCUUGACAAGGAUGCAACAACGCAUAGGAUAUGGCGAGGUACAGAGGAUACGAGACGAAUUGGACGAGAUAACCACGUACAAGGGUUCAGAUGCUUGCCUACGUCAGGAAAUCCUCGGUUAGGUUUAUCUUCCCGGGGGAUCUUCCAGAUGCGUAGUGCUUAUCCCUAGCUUGAGUCUAGGAAUAAUUGAGGCGUAUGGUACCUCUUACAAACUCCUGAUGCACUAUUUCUAAUUAUAACUUGUGCACGUGUGAGAUCUCUCUGGG